AACAAUAUUUCUUAUGCCAUUCCAUCUAGGCUUGUGCUAGGAAUGGUUUAUGACAAUAGUCGAUAAUGGGAUUCGAACCCUCGAUCACGUGAACGAAAAUCCGUAUAUUAAACAGAAGGCUAUUUGUGUUUACUGAUUAAAGUUUAACAAUACAUCUACAAAUAAUAAGCCUCACUUCGCUAUUUUGGCGAAUUACGGCGACUGCUUCUUCGUUUACCAGUCAUAAAAACUGUAACCGUGUUUUGUCAAUAUUUUUCUAGUUAUUAAAACUCUUCCGAAUUGGUAUAACAAAUCAUAGAUUAUCAAAAUCAUAUUUUUCUAAUGACAAACAAAUCAAUCACAUGUCAAAAUGACGGCGAAAAUGUAUAAUUUUUAUAUGUUUAUUUUAGUAGUUGAAGAAUUUUAAAUAAAAUGCAUACAACUAGUUUACCUCGUACUUGCCUCAGUUGUACAAAUGUCACCUUCUUUUCAAUGGCAAGCAUUGUUUGCGUCGCCUGCGUGUGGUGUAUUCUCAACACGGAAAUGUUUAAAGAAGUUAAUCUUACUGUAACCAAAAGCCAUAUGAUCCCAAUAAUCGCCAGCGUCGUGAACUUAAAACUAUGGUUCACUCCGUUGUCGACGAUCGUACUAAUUCUUUCCGCUAUUACAAUGUUCACUUCCUGUUGCGGAAUCUUUGGCGCAGGAUGUAAAAUGAAAUGCGCUGUCAAAUGUUAUGUUUUCCUGGUAACCGUUAUAUCAUGUACUGCCUUUUGGUUGUUCUUUGUCACCGGUACAUAUAAUAUUUACUCGAACAACCUACCUACUAGACGAUAUUUACAAUCAACGAUACGUAAUUACUACGGAAGGGAAAACGAUUUAAUGUCAUUCCUAUGGGACUAUGUUAUGGUGAAUUACGAAUGCUGUGGCGCUAAUAAUUAUAAAGAUUUUGAUAACUCUGAAUGGCAGAAGAAAAAUCCCGGCUUUUCAAACCCGGUACAAUGUUGCGUGUUGAAAAAUAUGACCAAACUUAUUCCCUUGGAUCCUAACUGUACGAAAUUAAAUUCGUCUACCGUGGGUAGUUUUAAAACUUACGGCUGUUUCGAUGCAUUGAGAGAAGCUAUAAAAGAGAACAAGGGAACGUUCAUAUUCUAUGCUGUAACUUCUUUUCUUUCUUAUUUCCUUAUAAUUUCGUUUGCCUCUUGUAUAAUAAAAGGUGGUCCAUUAGUAAAUCCGAAUAGCUGGCAACCAAUAAAGCCGACUCCGCCAAAAGCGCAGUCGACCAGCAGUUUGCCUGAGAAUAAGGAGGUGAAGGUUGUUGUACCGAAGCGAUUGAGUUCUCGCAACACAAUGUAUGCGGAGGAACCUCCGAAGAAGGUGGUGCGAGUGAUAUCAGCGGUCAAUCCCGCUCAGAGCUACAAGUUUGAUACGUAUCCGUACAGAGGCGAUGGAGUCGUGCCCUAUCGUUUAAAUCAUCAAUUACAAUAAAUAGGAAAUAUAAAAUUU